AUGGAUUACGCUUCAAUUCCUCCUUGUUCCCAACAGCCAACUCCCGCGGCUGGUACAUCAUCAGCAUCAUCUUCUGUUCUCAGUGCGGCUGCCCAGUUCGACGCUACUACCCUCUCGCCAGCUCCUUCGCCUCACGAGUUGGCUGUUGCCGCAGUCGUAUCUUCCCCAUCAUUCUAUGGCACCACUUCUCCCCUUGAACUUUCCGGCUCACCCUCAGGUGCCUCCCCGUCAUGUUAUUAUCCUCAACAUCCGCCGACAGUCCAUCAGCCUAACGUCUAUCCACAAUCCACUGCGCUUUGGCAUUCGUCUGGUGGCGGCUUCCAACAUUUUGCUACUCAACAAUCGAUGUUACCUCCUCAAGGUCAGCCGCAGGUACCCCAAUCUCAUCACCAUCAUCUGCAGCAUCAACAUCAACAACCAUUACUCUACCAUUCGCAACAACAACUUCAUCAAUGUACUAUGGAUUCUUUCUAUAGUGGUGUACCAGCGUCGUCGGGUUCGUCAGCGUUUGCUACAUCGUGUACCGGUGGUGGGGUGUUCGAUGGUUUCAAUGGAACAUCUGCGGGUGUCGUACCUCAACAGUUACAACAACCAACUGCGGGACCUUACGCUCCAAUGAUGCCAAUCCCAGAACAAAUGCAUUUUUUGAAUGUUAUCUCGGAACAGCAAUCACUUACCAGGGAAGUGAUGCAAGAUUACCUGAAUAAUCGUCAAAAGUAUGAUUGCAUUGUGAGCAUAUUUCAUGCAAAAGUUGCGCAAAAAUCAUAUGGUAACGAGAAAAGAUUCUUCUGCCCUCCACCAUGCAUUUACUUGUUCGGCGAUGGUUGGAAACACAAAAAGCGAAUGGCUGAAGAUUUGUAUCGUCGUUAUCGAGAGUGUCAAAAACGGAACGGUAUUAUGGACGUUGACCCAGAUACUGAACUUGUGAACGAGGCACGUUCCACUGAAUUAUGCGCGUUCAUCGGUAUUGGUGCACCAUCUGAACAAGAAAAACAAACGCUCGAUUUUUCGAGCAAUAAGGAUUAUUGUGCAGCUAAAACUCUGUAUAUUUCGGAUGCGGACAAACGAAAAUAUUUUGAACUCUCAGUGCAAUUCUUUUACGGGUCUGGUCAUGAAAUUGGCCUGUUUUCAUCACAAAGGAUAAAAGUCAUUAGUAAGCCGAGUAAGAAGAAACAAAGUAUGAAGAAUACCGAUUGCAAGUAUCUUUGUAUAGCAUCUGGUACUAAGGUUGCUUUAUUCAAUAGACUUCGUUCUCAAACGGUUAGCACACGUUAUCUACACGUUGAGAAUGGCUGCUUUCAUGCCAGCUCUACUAAGUGGGGUGCAUUCACAAUUCAUCUCAUCGAAGACGAUCCCAGUGCGGGUGAAUCUGAGAAUUUCAACGUUAAAGACGGAUUCAUCUAUUACGGUGCUCUUGUGAAACUAGUCGAUAGUGUUUCUGGCAUCGCUUUACCACGUCUCAGGAUUCGAAAAGUUGACAAACAACACGUGCUAUUAGAUGCAUCUGCAAGUGAAGAGCCUGUCAGUCAACUUCACAACGAAAACGUCAACAUUCAAUCAUUAAAGGCUGUACCCAUUGAUGCAAUGCGACACCAGAUUAGUGACGGUGCCUCGUGGACGAUUAUCUCAACUGAUAAGGCCGAAUAUCGUUUCUACGAAGCAAUGGGUCCAGUGCGACAGCCGAUAACACCAGUGCCAAUCGUGAAUGGACUUGAGUUGUAUGGUGAAGGUGAUUUGGCACGUGUCGAUUUGACGGGUUGUAACUUUAGAGCGAAUCUGAAAAUUUGGUUUGGUAGCACUCCUGUUGAGACAAUAUUCAGAUCAGAAGAAAUGAUUGGUUGUUUGGUACCGCCACUUUCGACAGUGUGUCCAAACUGGAAUGGCGCAUACAGUGAUGAACCUGCGUCGGUGCCUUUAUCUUUAGUUCGCGACGACGGCGUUGUCUAUUCCACAAAUAUGACGUUCAGCUAUAAAACAGAAACUUCGGCACGUGCCCUUGCAAACAGGCGAUAUGCAGACUCAAUCCGAAGUUGA